GUUAUCCGCUGUCAAGGGUCACUCGAUUGCCGUCAUCCACUCACCGGCCUCGAGCAAACUUACUGCAUCGACCAUUUUCCCGCAGAUGAUUGUCGUGUUCUCUGAGUCCUAUCAUACAAGCGCUGAAAGACCCCUGGUGGAUAUAUAUAGGAAGACUCUGCUGGUCGACGGACUCAACCUUCGCUUUGAUCUUGUCUCGUCCAAAUAUGACCACCAAUCUCGCAGCCGUCGCAGAUAAAACUUUCGACUAUGUCAUUGCGGGUGGAGGGACAGCGGGACUCACACUCGCCAACCGUUUGACCGAGGACCCGUCCAUCUCAGUAGUCGUCCUGGAGGCAGGAGAACCGAAUGUCGGGGACUCGAAGAUUGUCGUCCCCGGCCAAUUCGGAGCGACGUUCGGAGAUCCAAAGUACGAUUGGUGGUUUCCUACCACGAAGCAGAAGUAUUCAAAGGACAGAGUCUUCAACUGGGCGCGUGGGAAGGGAUUGGGCGGAAGCUCGUGCAUGAACUUCUAUGCCUGGAGUAAGCCCCCUGCGGGCGACGUGGAUGCGAUCGAGAAACUGGGGAACCCAGGCUGGAACUGGAAGAGUUACUUCGAGUAUACCAAGCGAAGCGAGACCUUUCAUAAGGCGUCUAAUGAGCAGCUCGCGGCUUACCCUCACACGGUUGAUCCUGAUCACCGCGGUACAAACGGUCCAAUUCAGACAACCGUACCUCAUGCGGUCGCUACGAUCGAUGCACUAUUCCAGGAGACGAUGGUAAAGAAGGGAAUCAAGGCCAUCAAGGAUCCCUAUGGAGGAGACAUUACCGGAACAUGGAUGGCCGCGGCGAAUUUAGAUCCUAAAACCUGGACACGGUCGUACGCUGUGACGGCGUACUACCUUCCGGCAAAGGACCGUAAGAACCUGACCGUCCUGACUGGCGCUACUGCUUCACGAGUGCUGUUCUCCGACAAGGUCGAUGGCAAGGACCUCACUGCUACUGGGGUCGAAUUUCUCUUUGGGUCGAAGCCGUACACCGUACACGCAUCGAAAGAGGUCAUCCUUUCUGCCGGGACCAUCAAAUCGCCUCAGAUCCUGGAGUUGUCCGGUGUUGGCCGAUCCGAAGUCCUCUCCUCUUUAGGGAUCGACGUGAAGAUUGACCUCCCUGGAGUCGGCGAGAAUGUUUCGGACCACGUGUACCUUGGCGCGUCUUACGAAUUAGAUGGACAAACGGCACAUGAGACAUACGACAGGAUGCGUGAUCCAGCGUAUGCAGCUGAGGCCUUUGCUCUUCGCGCGAAGGGACAAGGCAUGGCUCGGAUCGGUAUCACUUCUUUUGCCUACAUUCCCAUCUCUGCCGCCACAUCCUCACAAGAAACCAAGCGGCUGUACGAAAAGGCGGAAGCAGACGUCGAGAAGCAGAAGAAGGCCCUUGGUGAUAAGAUUCCACCGAGCCUCGAGGAGCAGCUCAAACUUCAGCUGAAGACACUCAAAGACGAUACGCUACCGGACCUUGAGUUCAUUGCGUUCCCGGGGUUCUUCACGACCGAGACGGCGCCUGAAUCAGGAAAGAGCUAUGUCACCAUCCUUAUCGUGCUCAACCAUCCGUUCUCCCGAGGAACUAUUCAUGCGGUGUCAAGGAACCCGAUGGACCAGCCCGAGAUAGACCCUCACUACUUUGAGAACGACUCUGAUCUGGAGAACCUGGUGCAGCACAUCAAAUUCAUCAAGAGUAUGGAGAACACCGAGCCUUGGAAGUCGGGCACUGUGAAAGCUCUUGACCCUGCCCCGAAUUGCACCACGGAUCCCGAGAUUCGCGAAUAUAUUCUCAACAAUCACGGUACCUGCUGGCACACCAUCGGGAGCUGCUCUAUGUUGCCUCGAGAGAAGCAUGGUGUGGUUGAUCCUAAGCUCAAGGUCUAUGGGACGACCAAUCUUCGCGUUGUCGACAUCUCCGUGAUCCCCAUCCAUAUCGCAGCGCACACGCAUGCUACGGCGUAUGUCAUUGGAGAGAAAGCGGCCGACAUUAUUCGUGGGCGUGUGUAAGGCCAAUGUGCAAGUGAAUGCUGUUCGACGCGUGAAAGAUGAGAAGGUCUAGAAAUGAGGCCGACCAGGAUUCCGUUCGGUGUGGCUCACUUGAGAAGGACCCUAUAGCUCACGUUUUGAAUGUUUGUAGAGUAUUCUAUGUUUGUCCGCAAGUAAAUUUGGACUCGCGUCGUCGUCAUC